AGGGAAGAUGUGAGAUUAUGAGGAAUUAUUUACCCAAAGUUGGCUCUCUUGGACUUGAUAUGAUGUUUCGGACAUGCAGUGUUCAGCUUUGAUGGGUCAAUUUGGACUUCAGUUCUGAAGUGGACAUGAUCAGGAAGUUUCGUGCUAGUCUUGGUUUGCAGCCUAUCGCCACAGCCUUGUUUGCCAAUUCACCUUUCACUGAAGGAAAGCCGAAUGGUUAUCUUAGUAUGAGAAGCCAAGUUUGGACAGAUGUGGAUAACGAUCGUACUGGCAUGAUUCCCUUUGUUUUUGAUGACUCCUUUGGGUUCGAACAAUAUGUAGAUUAUGCACUUGAUGUCCCAAUGUGGUUCGUCUAUCGGAAAAAGAAGUAUAUUGAUUGCUCUGGGUUGUCACUCCGGGACUUCAUGGCAGGAAAACUUGCUCCUAUUCCGGGUGAAUUACCCACCCUCAAUGAUUGGGAGAAUCAUCUGACUACAAUACAACCCGAGGUCAGGUUGAAGAGAUACUUGGAGAUGAGGGGAGCUGAUGUGGGGCCUAGGUGGAGUUUAAGUGCAUUGCCUGCAUUUUGGGUGGGUCUAUUAUAUGAUGAUAUUUCUCUUCAAAAUGUGCUAGAUUUAAUAGCCGAUUGGACCGCAGAAGAAAGACAGAUGUUGAGAAAUAAGGUACCAAAAAGUGGUCUAAAGACACCAUUUCGUGACGGAUUGCUGAAGCAUGUGGCUGAAGAUGUUGUAAGGUUUGCAAAGGAUGGCUUGGAAAGGAGAGGAUUUAAGGAAACAGGAUUCCUGAAUGAAGUGGCUGAGGUGGUUAGAACAGGUGUAACACCAGCUGGGAAUCUUUUGGAGUCGUACCAUGGGAAGUGGGGAGGAUCUGUGGAUCCUGUUUUUGAGGAGCUGCAAUAUUAAGGCGAUUUAAAUAUCUUGUGUGCACUCCAUCAGUAGCGUCCUUUUGUGUGCAUUUUUCCUUCUAAUUUUUAGGUGUAAUGUCAGUCGCUUUUGUCCUAAGCUACUUUCAGGUGACGCCUAAAACUAUUACUUUAGGGUCAUGUUUGUUUGGGUGGACAUGAGCUUGGGAUUGGACUAAUAGUCCAAUAAAAUUAUUAAUCCGAUGUUUGGUUAAACAAUUGAAGUACGGAUUAAUUAUUUUAAACUUGACUAUUAGUUAAGAUAGGAUACAUAAUCCAAUGGAUUCGUAAUCCUAGGACUAUUAGUCAUGGGAAUUCUAAUCCAGUCCGCCCAAACAAACAUAGCCUAGAUGUAUAAUUCAUGUCGUGUGUCCUUGGAAAUGUGUUGUUUUUGCAGUUUUUUGGGCCACUUGGUUGGAAUGGAAUGUGAGAAUCUUUCAGGGUAUGUUUUAGAUGAGGAUUCGUUGUGGGAAAAAGUUUGUCACUUGGCAUCUUUUGGGUAUUUUGUAUCUUUUUUGUUUAUUAAUAAAUAUCCUUUGUUGCUGAUAAAAUAAAU